AUGUCGGGUGUUACGUUUAGCUUUGGAAGUGCUGCUUGGGAUGUUACCGAGUCUAGCAUUAAGCUUUUUAACGAGUCCCUUAAGGGAGCGAAAGAAACGAAGGUGCAAGGGGGUUUGGAGUUUCCAUUAGUACUUGAGUACAUGAAAACUGCGUUUGCGACCUUGAGUUUGGAGAAUCCAACUUUUAUCGCUGACCAAUUCUUUGAGGCCGAUAGCUCUAAUCAAGCCCCAUACUUUUUGGGAGUCUUGAUUCAAGCUGCCUUAAGGGUGAAGUUAGAUGAAAAGCUCUUCAAACGGGUUAUGCACAAGCAACCCAACGGGGUGCUUGCGUGGUAUGCUUUCGCCAAGAAGUACAAGCUGAUUGAUUAUGAGUCUCAAGUCCAGGUCUUGCAUAACUUUGGUUAUGCCCUUACCAAAGGUAAUAGCGAAUUAAUGGAGAGAGCUACUACCGCGUUUGCGUAUUACUUUGACGUCCCGAAGAAGUUGAUUCCGCUUGCCGCAUGUGCCAUCAUGGAUGAUGGUACUAGGCAAAAGUUCUUCGAUAAAACUGGAUACAAUGAUCCAGAAGCCGGUUUUGAAAACUUAUCUUUUGACGAAGUGGCCGGAUUUUUCGAAGAAAUGAGUCAAAAGUAUAGUCGCAUUGAAGAAGAGAACCUGAUGGAACUCGCCCAAAAUGUGGUGCACCAACGUGGGUCCAGUGGGAGAAAGAACUGGACUUGCUGGAACUGUGGUAAGAAGGGACAUAUCGCUAGGGAUUGUCCUAACCACAAGCCAGGGCUCUCUAAGUUUUACGAGAGAAAACCGGAUGCUAGAGCGUUCUAUCUGCAAACGGUGUUUGAUGCUGAAGAGAACCACUCUUCAGAGGAGGCUUGGUUGGUUGAAACCAAGCCUGGUCCUGGAACUGGUAUAUCCAGUGUUAAACCUAACUAUGGUCGCAAGAAAGCGUUUUCUACUGUAGGUGCGUGUAAAACAGAUGCCGCAGUGAGAUUUACGUUGGAUAGUGGGUCCACCUGUCAUCUUGCAAAUAUGAAGAUAAAGUUGGCCAAUGUCCGUCGCGAUGAUACCAAGGUGUUAGGUGUCAACGGUUUAAGUACCGUGAAACAACAAGGUGAUUUGUUGUCUCAAAAAUUGUCCGUUAACGGUAUCAAGUUAAUGGAUGGCUUGCCACGGAAUCUACUUUCAAUCCCGAAGAUUGUGGAUAGUGGAUUCGACGUGUUGCUUAGCAAGCAUAAUGGUUCUAUUGCCAACCGUAAAAAUGGUAAUGUUGUUUUGAACUUUCCAAGAGUUGGACCGUUCUGGGAAUUGAGCGUUAAAGCUGAUUCCGCCGAAGAGAUGGCCUUUAAUGUCGAAAGUUACGAGGGCUUAAAGGCUAUCAAAGAAGUGCAUGAAAGUAAUAAUCAUGCGAAGUUGAGAACCAUGAAAGAGUUAUUGAAAGGCCAUGGUGUUUUAGAAGCUGAUAUUAAGUAUGUUUUGACCAGUUGUGAAACGUGUAUGUCCAAAGUCACCAAGCCGGGCGGUAAACCAGCUGUGCGAAAGUACAACGUUGGUGAGAUGAUUCAGGCUGAUGUUAUAGGUCCGAUAAACAAAGCUUAUGCCCUUAUUGUGUCAGACAGAGCCUCUAAGUUUGUUGCUCACAGGGUGCUUAAAUCAAGAGCUGAAGUGUCAGCCAAGACCAUUGAGUGUUUAGGAAUGUUUCAUAAUUUCCUUAAACAAGCUGAUUCAAACAAAAACAUUGUCAUGUUCCGUGCAGACAAUGAGUUUGAUACCAAUACAAUUAAGAACUGGUUGGAUGGUAGCCCAUCGAGUGGUAGAAAUUUCAUUGAUUUCGAACCGACAGCCCCACAUUCGUCUCAUCAGAAUGGUGGAGCUGAGCGAUUGAAUGGCAUUUUACAAGAAAAAAUGUUUUCUAUUCUUAAGGCUUCGGGCGUAGACAUUUCGUAUUGGAACUUUGCCCUUAGCCAUGCGGUGUUUGUCCACAAUUAUCUACCAUUAAAUGGCGGGAGGUCCCCCUAUGAGUUGCUCAAAGAACAGAAAAAGGAAUUCCAAGUCAAAGCUCCUUUUGGAUGUCGUGUCUUUAUCAAAGAUUAUCACAGACAAAGCAAGUUUGAUCCUAUCCAAGAAGAAGCUGGUGUGUUUUUGGGAUAUAGCAAAACAACUAAAAUAGUUUUUGCACUCUUAAAAGAUGGUAGAGUGGUUAGAUCCAGUGCUUUCCGUUUUAUGCCAUUAGUCUAUCCUUUGAAGAAUGGUCAGGCCGCGCUCGGCGGUGCUGGUAGUGGUAGUGGUGGUGGCAUGUUUGUUGGCGGAGGAGGUGGCCGCGUUGGCGGUGUUAGUGGUGCUUCAGGAGGUGUACAUGUUCCUGAUCGUGAUAUGUCAGUUGACUCUAUUGCUGCUUUUGAUGAAAACCUUGAAAAUGUUACUCAAGAUAGUUCAUUUUCAGGGGGGGAUGAGUCCUCUGUUGAAGAAGAAGACCAAGCUGAGCCUUUUGAUGUUGAUAUGAGUGAUGCUACUGCUUCAAAAUCCGAUGGUCAAACUACUCCUGAACAGGUUGGUGCUAAACAAGCUUCUCCAGAUCCAGUCUUCCCAGACCCAAUGCCUAGAAGUGAAUCAUCAGGCGAUGAUGGUAAUGGGCUGUCCAGUGGUAACGAUGCUGGUAUCUCUUCAAGCUCUAAUUAUCCUUCCAACUAUUAUGGAAGUGAGGCAAGUGAUACUGAUGAUAGCCAAGCUAAACGGUUUUCCACGUUUGGACACAAAAUGUUCAACAAUGCUCAAGAUAGUGAAAUUGAGAGGUUGUUUCCGUCUGCUACUACUGUAAUGUCAAUCACUGAGGUGUUGGUCAGACCAAACAAUGUAACCCAAGUCAUUGUUAAACCCGUCCCUAGUGAUCUUCCAGUCAAAUCUACUAGAGUUCCUGACGAGAAAACUAGAGGAACUAAACGGGUAGCUCACAGUGAAAGUGAGUCUGAUACCACAACUGGUAUGUUGUUAGAAAGCAAACCAGUAAAGAAGAUGAUUGCCGGUCCAGAGGGAAGGCUAGUUGUUAAAAAGCAUCAAGCUGUGAAAGAUCUUGUCCCAUAUGGUGGAGCCGGUAAAGGCGUUCAAAGAGUUGCUGAUUAUACUGUGCCUAGAGAUAAUCAGACAAACAAGUGGAUGGAAAAUGAUCCAACUAUUGUUUAUCAAAAGAAUCCUUCAGUGAUGUUUAAUGGCCGAAUGUUGGUUGGACCAGAACCACGGCCACUAAUAACAGAUGGCAAAGAUGUUGCUAGCACUUCAGAGGAAGUGGAACAGCCACUGUUACUAACUACAAAGGAUGGUGAAAUCUCCUUACUAGCUGAAGAAGUGUAUCUUGCCGUUGAAAGAACCAAGUAUGAAAUCCCAAACAAUUACAGCCAAGUUUUAGCUAGUGAGCAGAAAGUGAAAUGGCUAAUUGCUAUUUUAAAUGAGCUCACUGCCUUAAAAAUCAACAAAGUAUACGAAGAGGUUGAUGUUGAAGUUUUGUAA